AUGACCUCACCAUCGUUUUUUGAUCGUCUCGUGUACGAUGUGCGCGUCGUCAUCUACGAACACAUGGACCUUCCUCCCCUCGGUGACGGCAAGGAUUUCUCUGGGUUGUGGCUCUCAUGUCGCCAGGCGAAGAAGGAAUUGGAGGCGGCAGCUGCCAAAGCGGCACGUCGCUACCUGGAGCAGUUCAAGGGCGCUUCCAAGGCGAACAUGGGAAUGAUAAUGAGACCCCUACCUCCACUGAUGGACCUCCAAGAUCUUAACAUCCGCUUGCCGAUCGCGGCCCUCUGGAGUGAUCGGCAAUGGGUUCCGUUAUUUACCAAGAAUUUCAACAAAGUUGCCAUAGUGUUCCAAGGCGAGCUGCCUUACACACAUGUCAUGAGUUACCUUACAUCGCCUAGCGACCGUCUACACGCACUUACACGACUCCUCGAAAAGUACACCAAGUUUGACUUUGGGAGAGCACGGGGAUAUCCAGAACUCGUGCACUGGCGACUCCAGGACACAAAGCCCAUGGCCAAGAGGAUAUCUAUCGCAUGGGAUUUGCGUCCGUCACAUAGCCAUGGGACACCACUGCCUCUCCGUGGGGGAGGGUUUGGGGAACCCCUGAGUUGCAAAGCGCGAAGCAUGCCGACGACUUACCAACAAAACCCUUCUUCUACUGGCUAUGUAGUGAAGACAGGCUUGUGUUGGAAGUUGGAGUAG